AUGACUGACGCUCAGAGCCCCGAGGCUCGCGAGUUGAGUCUGAUAGGCAAAGUGGAAUUCCGAAUCGCCAUGGCAGAUACUGAUGAGAAGCUUCAAUCACUACUUCAUACAUAUCUGCCUCCAUUGCUGUUGAAGUUAUCAUCGGACAGCGUGGCGGUUCGCAACAAGGUCAUUUCCGUCUGCCAGCAUGUCAACACUCGAGUGAAAGCCCCCACUAUUCAACUUCCGGUCGCAGCACUGUUGAAACAAUUUAAAGAGCAAAAGUCUCAACUGGUUCGGCAUUUUGAUCUGAUCUAUGCGCAGCAAGGAAUCGACCGACUGGUUUCUGAUGCGAGAGUCGAGAUCCUCCUGCCCUUGCUACAAGGGAUUGCGGAGAUCGGAACAUCAGUCACCCAGGGCGCCAUUGUGUUCAACCUUGUCCUGCGGUUAUUGCCUCUUUUCAAAUUACCAGCCAAGGGAUCCGAUGAGGACCAAAAACUGAAACAGCGCCUGAAUCUUUCCGACAAAGACUCCCAAUUCCUGUCCUUCUGGCUGGGGAAGCUCCUUAUUCUCUCUCCUGCGGUCCCAGAGGCUCCGACAUGCCCUGGGUUGUCUCCAGAGGAGUAUACCUUUCUGAAUAAGGGCGUCCCUGCUGAAGAAACAUGGAAUCCUGCUGCUCCCGGAGGUUUGAAUCUGACCGAGACUAAAGUUAUCGCUCUUCGGUUCCUUGGAAGCGGAGUAUUUGCCAAUUCCCAACGAUUUUUACCCUCAUUGAUCGCUUCUGCGGACGCAAACUCCCGCCUCGCUGACCUGGGCGACGAGACUCUGAAGCGAUUCGCUAUCGAUCUUGAAGAUCCAUCAAUUGUUCAGCAAUUAUAUGACCUGUAUUUUGGUGCACAGGGAGCCCCCCCCGCACGCCCUCCACUCCAGGCGAAAGCGUUGGUUUUCCUAGGGAAGUCGAUCAAGGCGACCGAGAAUACCCAAAGGAUUUACAAGCUUAUCGAGGAUGGACUCCUUUCGGACGCCGCAAGGUCCGCUCAGGGACUUCAGGCGUCGAAGUUAAGAACUCAGAUCUUCACAUUUACCACAUGGGUUGUCCGCAUGGGCUCCCCAACGGAUCUCAAACAGAUAGCACCCAAACUAAUCGCCGGUUUAAGGGAUUUCAUUCAAUCCCAGAAUUGGCCAAGCCCGGGUGCGAGUGGACAGAAGUUACCUGCUACGGAUUUGAGCCUCCGAGGCCUUGCCUAUGAAAGCAUCGGCAUUCUGGUUCCCAAGGUUGACUUUCAAAUUCAAAGUGAAACGGCUGAGAACUUCGAAUUCGAUUUGGUCCGAUGGCUUUUUACUUCGCUCAGUGCCGACGAUUCGAGUCCACAAAUAUUCGUUAGCAUUGACCAGGCACUAGGGAGCAUUCUGAAUUCCUCCUUGAACAGCCAUGAUCACGACUUUCAGAAUCAACUGCGCCCGUUUCUGGUCCAGCAGAUGAGUUUGCAUCCAGGGGAUGUUCACCCGGAAUCCGGGUUCACCGUUGUUCGAGGCGUUCAGUAUGCCGCUGUACGGUUUGCGAAUCGGUUCUUGCCCUUUAACGAUGUGGUGGCCCGUUGGGUUGAUCUUAUGGCCAUUGCAAGAGGCCCCGAAAGACAACAGGAGAUCGUGGAGGAGGGCAAGAAAGGUCUUCAUCCGUACUGGUUCCGACUACUCAAUCCAACUAAGGAUGAAAAAUGGAGCGCCACUGCCGCUACUCCAAAACGAGACGAGUCCUGGUUCAAGUUUCCAACCUUUUCUGAGGCCACUCGCUUCCUGCUCAACUCAGAAGAUCAGGACGACACCUUGGCCUUCCAGGCUUUGUCCACGUCGCAACUGCUAACGGGGCCCUACAAAAAUGCAUUUGUGCCUGCUAUUUCAUUCAUGCGCAAUGCUUUGCUUUGGGAGGCUUUCUCAGCAGCUGGCAUUACGACUGAUUUGGACGAAGAUUGGGACUAUAAGCUUGAGGUACAACUCUCCACUAGCGAGGACGCGCGAUCUGCUGUUCGAAAGUAUAUUCGUAACAAUGCGAAAGAACCUGUCUUUGCAUUUUUGUCUGCUAUGCUUGAGGGGCUAGUUAGAGAAGAUCUGCCAGGUCUACGUCAAUGUGGCGUCCAUUUCGUGGAGAUUUGCUCUCUGACAAGCAACGAUGUUGUUGCAAAGUUGGUUUCCCAGGCGAAAUCUUUGACUAAGCCCAUCUUUAGCAAUAACCAAGAUAUACAGGAAUUGGCAGCCCGCUCGUUCGGCAUUCUUGCAUCUCAUCCUUCCCUUCCUGAUGAUGAGCUGAAAGGCUUUGUGGCACAACUGGCCAGUACAAUCCAGUCGUGGAAUACGGCCGUCGGUGAAGCUGCGCUCCGUGUCCGAGGAGCAGUUAUAGCAUUGUCCUACCUGUUCAGCAGACUUGCCUACCGUGGUCUCCUCAAUAAGAUCCCCGAGAUGCAGGUCAAACAAUUUAUUGACACAGUAUUGGACAUUGUCGACGUUUCCCGUGAUUCCCUUCUUCAGCGGACUGCAGAGACGUCUCUUGGGCUACUCGGCUUGUCGGGUAUUCUGUCGCUGCAAUUGCUGCCAGAGGAUGGCUGGAAGAAAGUCCAACAGAAGCUCUUCAAGGAUGCGAAGUCGGAAAAUGAUACGCCUAUAAGUUCCCUGGGUCUCAUUACAUUGACUUUCGCUCGUAAAUCCCCGGCUUCUCCCCUUCUCGGUGAUUAUUUAGAUUCACUGUACAGUUUGCACGAAAUAAAGAGCCCGGAGGUUCAAUUUACUGUGGGCGAGGCGCUAAGUAAUGUUGCAAUUGGGUGGGCUUCCCGGGCCCUGAUUCAGGAAUUCGAUGUGGAUGCAGAAUUUCCCCAGUCUGAUGUACCGCGAACAGUGUUUGCCGAUAUCUGUGACAAGAUAAUCACCGACUGUGUGGCGCCCAAGCCAUCUCUUCGGAAGGCGUCCGCCAUCUGGCUCUUAUCGCUCGUCAAAAAUUGCGGGCACCUGUCAGAGAUGCAGGAGCGCCUACGCAAGUGUCAAGCCACAUUUACAAGCCUUCUUGGAAAUCGAGAUGAGGUUGUACAAGAGACUGGAGCACAUGGUCUCAGUCUGGUAUACGAGAUUGGUGACCAGGCUUUGAAGGAUGAUCUGGUUUGUGACCUGGUAGACUCAUUUACGGCGACAGGCCCCAACCUUCGGGGUGGUAAUGUUACCUCAGAUACCCAGUUAUUUGAGCCCGGUGCUCUGCCAACGGGCGAAGGCUCAUCUGUCAACACCUAUAAAGACAUUAUGAACCUGGCCGCCGAGGCGGGCGAUCCGACCCUUGUCUAUCGAUUCAUGUCAAUGGCCUCAAACAAUGCCCUCUGGACAAAUCGGGCAGCAUUCGGUCGAUUCGGGAUCAGUACCAUCUUCUCUGACUCCAGUGUCAAUGGCUACUUGGCACAAAAUCCCAAGAUUUAUCCCAAGCUUUUCCGAUACCGCUUUGACCCCAACCCGAAUGUACAGCGGUCUAUGAACACCAUCUGGCAAGCCCUCGUCAAGGAUCCUACCGUUGUGAUCGACACACACUUUAAACCAAUCAUGGAGGAUCUCCUGAAAAGCAUGCUUCAGGGGCGCGAGUGGCGCGUUCGACAAGCAAGCUGUGCCGCCGUGGCUGAUCUAAUUCAAGGCCGCCGUCCGGAAGUAUACGCUGAAUAUCUCGAUGACAUCUAUAGUAAAGCGUUCAGACUUCUAGAUGAUAUUAAGGAGUCUGUACGAGUUGCUGCCCUAAAGCUUUGCCAGACCAUCACUAAUUCCGUGAUCCGCACGCUUGAGACAAGCGGCACGGAGAAGCGAGCGGGGGCACUACUCAACAGUGCCAUCCCUUUCCUCCUUAGUGACAAGGGUCUUGACUCCAGUGUGGAGGACGUGCGAGGAUAUGCGAUUGGUGCACUUGUGCAAAUUAUCAAGAAAAGCUCUGGCACGCAUCUUCACCCCUUUGUCCCUGGCAUUCUUGAAAAAUUCUUGAGCUCCCUCAGCUCUCUUGAGCCCCAAGCCGUCAACUACGUUCAUCUCAAUGCCGAUAAAUAUGGGCUUACGGGCCAGGAAAUUGACAAGAUGCGGCUCUCAAGUAUUCGGACAUCGCCGAUGAUGGAAGUCAUUGAGCGGUACUUGAUUGACCACUUGGAUGAAACGAAUUUGCAAGAAUUGGCUCCUAAACUAGAAGAGGUUCUUCGCUCCGCCGUGGGUCUACCAUCUAAAGUGGGCUGCAGCCGGGUUCUGGUCCUGCUGAGCAUGAAGGCUCUCCUCUUCCGUCCUUACGCGGAUCGAUUCAUUCAGGUGCUUUGCAAAUACGUGGUGGACCGUAACGAGACCGUCAGUGCGUCAUACUGUACCUCCCUCGGGUAUCUUAUGCGACUGGCGUCCGAUGAGCGGGUCCUCAAAACCAUUGACUACGCCAAGACUCUCUAUCUCGAGGCCGAAGAUGCCACUACUCGGGCGGUGGCGGCGGAGAUUCUUUAUUCGUCGUCAAAACUCUCCAACGAUCGUUUCAUGGCGUUCGCUACGGCUGCACUCCCAUUUGUGUUUGUCUGCAAACAUGACGCGGACGAGCAUGUGAAGGAAGAGUUUGAAAAGACGUGGCAAGACAAUGUGGGUGGCUCUCGCGCAGUAGCUUUGUACCUCCGGGAGAUCGUCAGCCUCGUAUCCGACAACUUGGACUCGGCACGGUGGGCCAUCAAGCACACUGCAGCACGUGCCAUGGCACAGGCAGUGCUUGCUUUAGAGGUGGAGAUUGAUCUCCCAACGGCACAAUUGGUUUGGCCUGUACUGGAAAAGGCCUUGGCGGGGAAGACUUGGGAGGGGAAAGAAGUGGUUCUGACAGCACUGGUUAAAUUUGCCCGUCAAGGCAAAGCGUUAUGGAUGGACCGGCCGGACCAAGCCGAGCUGAUGAAGACCAUCGCCAUCCGCGAAGCGAAGCGAGCCAACGCCGCAUAUCGGCCGCAUGGAUUACGGGCUCUGGGUGAGAUUGCCCAAGUCCGCGACGUCGAUUUCAUGCCCCAGGCCCUUGAGAUAGUUAUCCCCGUGAUUGAGGAAUUCAAGGACGGGAUGGAGAUAGACUCCGGGAAUGGGCCAGACUCCAAUGACACCCUUGCGGCGUGUGUGCAGUGCCUCCUGCAAUGUCUGAACCCCGCUACGGCCGGUUCGGGCGAAGUGCUGGGAGGAUACAUACAACAGGUGAUCGGUCCGCUGGACCAGGCCCUGACCCACGGGGGACGACAGGUCGUCAGCACGGUUUACCAUGAGCUCCAAGCGUUCUUUCUCCGACUGGAUGGGUGGACGGCGCCCGGUGAACAGGUUCUGGCGGGGCCGAUGAACGAUUUGGCAAUUCUGCUCACGCAGGACCGGAACGCAGUUGAAGUGGUCCGCAAGGGUCGUGCAGAAGCCAUUCUAGUGUACCUGAAACUGCGACCUGUAGUACGCGAUGUGCCGGAUUCCUUCGGUGACAUGCUCCGGGGGUGGAGGGCCAGCGAACGAUCGAAUACGGUCCAACGCAUCCUCGAUGAGGCCCAGGCGCUGGUGUAG